CUCCCCGGUCACAUGCUAGUCAAGCUGGAUCAGCUGACAGCUUCUCCUUUUGAUGCUCUUCCUCCUCCAUCGGCUCACAGCGCUUCUUGACACACUAUUAUUUCGUUAGGUUUGCCUUACUGGCGUCAAAUUUUAAAUUUGGGCCAAGUAUAUCUUGCUGAUCCAGCAGGUUAUCCCCGCCGGAUAGAUGCUAUUAGAGUGGAUGAUGAACGGACACGCCAUUCUUUACACGGGGGUCACUUUGGCCUUCUGGAGCACCAUACUAAUCGUCGGAAUCUGCUACACCAUAUUUGACCUUGGGUUCCGCUUUGAUGUGGCAUGGUUCCUGACAGAGACUUCGCCUUUCAUGUGGGCCAAUCUGGGUAUUGGCUUGGCCAUUUCUCUGUCUGUGGUGGGAGCUGCCUGGGGGAUUUACAUCACUGGGUCAAGCAUCAUUGGUGGUGGUGUCAAGGCUCCAAGAAUCAAGACCAAGAAUUUGGUUAGCAUUAUCUUCUGCGAAGCUGUCGCCAUCUAUGGGAUCAUCAUGGCCAUUGUAAUCAGCAACAUGGCUGAGAACUUCAGUGGAACAACCCCUGAGACCAUUGGAGCAAGGAACUACCAAGCUGGUUACUCCAUGUUUGGAGCUGGUCUGACUGUGGGCUUUUCCAACCUGUUCUGUGGCAUCUGUGUCGGCAUCGUGGGCAGCGGAGCAGCUCUGGCGGACGCCCAGAACGCCAGCCUCUUCGUCAAGAUUCUCAUUGUGGAAAUCUUCGGCAGCGCCAUUGGCCUGUUUGGUGUUAUUGUAGCCAUUCUGCAGACAUCGAAAGUAAAGAUGGGUGACUAGAAGAUGCAUUCACAGGCUGAGAAGACAAAACUGCUGGAAAACAAGAUGGAUUAUUGUGUAAAUACAUCGUAAAUUAUUUAAAUGUCUCUAUUUGCCUGGUAUCGUUUUUAACCCAUCAUUCAUGCAAGAGAGGUUUGUGCAUCAUUUUGUCUCAUAAGAAACAUGAAGGUUGCAGCUGUUGGAUAAUCUGAGUGGACGCUGUACGUUUGCAAUGGUUGAGCUAAAUGGGCAACACAAACAGAAAUGUACAUGAUUUUUAUAUUAAAAUCUGUUUCCUAACAGCAACCAGUCUUUGGUCUUCAGAACCGUGAAGACAACUUGUAGCUGUAUCACAUGAAUGGAAUUGUAUAGCAGUCGUUUUUUCCGACCACUCUUGGAUGAAUGAUGACUUAAAAAUUACACUAGAGUAUUUGAAAAUAUGUGUAUGUGUGUGCGUGUGUGUACACUGGAUAAGUGAUUUUUUUUUUCUUUUUUUCUUUUCCCUGUGAAGCAUGAGCGUGUUUACCGUUGUGUUUGUAGCCUGGUCUGUCACUAUUUGUUUUUGCAUCUUUGCUUGCUAAUAAGUAAGUGGUCCUUAAUCCACACAGUGGCCCAAGUACAGUAUUUGUCAGGCUUCCUAAAGAAGAAGUCAAAGAUUACUGAUCUGGAAUCAUUCGUAAGGUAACAGGACAGUUGGAUGUGCUUUCUGGGAGGCCAGACAGAGUCAGGUCACAGCAGCAGAUCUGCUCUGAAUAUGUUAUCCUGUCAUUCAUUUUCUUAGUUUCUGAAAAUGUUAUGACAGUAGGAUUUCUAUAUGUAAAAGCCAUGAGCCUCCUAAACAUAGCUGCCAGCCAGAACUCCCUGUUUUUCCCCACAGUCUCCUCUACAUUUUGAAUUGAGUUUUGACCAUGCUGUGAUCCUUCUCAGUAGUUUUUACAGAGAAACUGGAUGUUGGAAGACAGAGAAACCAAAAGUUUUUUUUUUUAGACAGAAAAGGGGAAUUUAUUUUUAUAGGGCAUCACACUAGUAUUACCCUAUACUCAAUAGCAGCUGUUAAUAUUUGCUGUAACAUCACUAUCGGUAAACUAGAGGUCUUUCUGGGAAGUAAAAUGUGCAGAUGCACUGGCCUGCUGACUUGUAUUUUAGGCAACCUCAUGUGGUUUGGUGCCCAAAACUCUGUCUAGAAACUAUGGACUCCAUUACAUAAUCAACUUUAGGGAUACAGAAUUUUAAUAUCUUUAUUUUACACAGAAAUAUAACUCUACAAAUCUUCUUAUUUUAUUUUUUAUUAAACUGUCUUGUUUUGAAUGUACAGACAUUUGACAAUAGUGUAUCAAAUGUUUACCGCUCAUGUCUGUGUCCCAAAUUAUUUUCUGACAUUCCUCAAGUUUUUUUUAUGUAUGUAUAAAACUGAGUUUUGUGUGUGUGUGUGUGUAGAGUGCACAUUGAAUAGCAGAUGAUAUUAGACUCCUGCUACAUCACAACAAAGCAACCAUUAAAGCUUUAUAAUAAUUGUCAGAUGGUAGCCAUACUGUGUUUCAGCUGUAUCCCAUUUUAUGUUAACUUUGGGUAAACAGAUUAUUUUUCUGAGUUUACUCAACCUUUGGCUGCCAGUAGGACAAAGUGGAUGUGGGCACCAAGUGCAAAAUGCUGCGAUAUUUGAGUCUAAUGUACUGUUGGUGACAUGUAUGGAGACACAUUUUGUUCUUGAUGCAUCAUUCCGCAGAGAUGACAGACCAUGGCUAAUUGUGAAUUGUCUGAAAUCUUUCCUUGUAAAUUAUCCUUCUCGUGAAGUUCUGACAGAGAGUAUAAACAUUGAAUCUAACAUGGGGAAACUGAAUAGUCUUAAGUAUAUCUAAAGCUGGCCUCCCAAAGGUGUCUUAGGUACGACAUCGUCUCGCCCUCAUGAUGGUUUUAUAAUUAAACCUAGAUCAAACUUCAAGAUGCCUUUGGUAAACCAGGUUCUGUACCAAACCCCUGGCUUUCAGUGACUGUAGCUGGUAAUGUGUGUGCGUUAUGUUGAUGUGAUGGUAAUCAGAAAAUAACUCAUUGUUUUUGACAUUGUGUAUAAUAAGAAAAAUGAGAUCUUCCUUUUGGCUUCAUCAGUGUCCUUGAAAAAAUAAAAUGGUCCAAUCAA